GCUAGCUAGCAAUGCAGUCUGUUGUUCUGAGUUACGCAAGAAGCGCAUUGCCAAUUCCUGGCUUUCAAACGAACCGUUUGCUCUUGGGCAAAAGGAAUUUUAGGAUGUAGAACGACUAGCUAGAUCGCCGUUUCCAUUUCUGGACCUAGGACGGUGGGGGAGAGAGGAGUCCCAACCAACAGUGAUAUGAGCACAGCUCCACGUCACACGACUGGCUGAAGAAGUGUUUGCACUCCCACAGUGUGACCUGACCAGGCUCGGAGUGCCGGACUGUGGAGGGUGGUGGGGACGAGAGGCUACGGGACGGUGUCCCCAUGUCAGCCCGAAAUGGCUCAGCCAGCGAUGCAGAGUGUCACAUCUCGGAGGAGAGCCACGAUGGCGAUGCGGGGCUGGCGGAGCUGGGGCCCCUGUUAGAGGGCUCAGGGUGUGCAGGAGCUGCCAGGGGGAGCAGAGGAACAGACAGUCAGAGGCUGAAGCUAAGGUUGUGGUCUCUGCAGGGGGCAACAGGGACUGCUGGGGCCUGUCCUCUCUCCGACAACGAGGAAGAUGAGGGCGAGGAGGAGGAGGAGGGUGAAGAGGUGCGGGUGCUAACUCUACCCCUGCAGGCCCACCACGCCAUGGAGAAGAUGGAGGAGUUUGUGCACAAGGUUUGGGAGGGUCGCUGGAGGGUGAUCCCGUACCACCUCCUGCCCGAGUGGCUGAAGGACAACGACUACCUGCUCCACGGGCACCGCCCGCCCAUGCCCUCCUUCCGCGCCUGCUUCGGGAGCAUCUUCCGCAUCCACACGGAGACCGGCAACAUCUGGACGCAUCUGCUGGGUCUAAUUCUGUUCCUGUUCCUGGGCACGCUCACCAUGCUGCGGCCCAACGUGUCCUUCAUGGCCCCGCUGCAGGAGAAGGUGGUGAUGGGGAUGUUCUUCCUGGGCGCUGUGCUGUGCCUCUGCUUCUCCUGGCUCUUCCACACCGUGUACUGCCACUCCGAGAAAGUGUCCCGCACCUUCUCCAAGUUGGACUACUCCGGCAUUGCCCUGCUGAUCAUGGGCUCGUUUGUGCCCUGGCUGUACUACUCGUUCUACUGCUCGCCGCAGCCCCGCCUCAUCUACCUCUCCGUGGUCUGCAUCCUGGGCAUCGCCGCCAUCAUCGUGGCCCAAUGGGACCGCUUCGCCACCCCCCGCCACCGGCCCACGCGGGCAGGGGUGUUCAUGGGCCUUGGACUGAGUGGUAUCAUUCCCACAAUGCACUUCACCAUAGCCGAGGGCUUUGUGAAGGCCACCACCGUGGGCCAGAUGGGCUGGUUCUACCUGAUGGGUGCCAUGUACAUCACUGGAGCCGGGCUCUACGCCGCCAGGAUCCCCGAGCGCUACUUCCCCGGCAAGUGUGACAUCUGGUUCCAGUCACACCAGAUCUUCCACGUCCUGGUGGUGGCUGCUGCCUUCAUACACUUCUAUGGCAUCUCUAACCUUCAGGAGUUCCGCUAUGGGCUGGAGGGGGGCUGCACCGACGACUCCCUGCUCUGAAUGUACCCACCCCACCCCUACACCGCCAAUCCUUCCUCCACCCCUGCACCACUUUAAGGACGGCCCCUGCACCUGACACCCCUUCCCCACCUUCCCAAGUGCCAAUGGAACUCUGAGCGUCGCAUCACCAGGGCUAUUCCUGCCAGUCUCUCCGCCAGUCAUAUUCAUUUCACUCGACCCGUUCGGACCCCACAGCGCAUCUGUACUUUUGUAAAUCCAAGCAGGUGCAGUCACCAGAUGCACGCUAGGCCAGGAGGGGGUGGGUGGAGGAAGCGGCAAUAUGCUGCUUCUCCUGUUUCUAGGCAUGUUUCUGAGGGAGACUUCCUGUUCUUUUGUCUUUAAAGCCUCUCUCUUAUGUCUGGGUGCUGUAGGGUGGAUGGCAGUCUUGGGGCAGACGGGUGAAUGCCAGCCUUGGGGCAGAUGGGGUGGAUGCCAGUCUUGGGGCAGACGGGGUGGAUGGCAGUCUUGGGGCAGAUGGGGUGGAUGGCAGUCUUGGGGCAGAUGGGGUGGAUGCCAGUCUUGGGGCAGAUGGGGUGAAUGCCAGCCUUGGGGCAGAUGGGGUGAAUGCCAGCCUUGGGGCAGACGGGGUGGAUGCCAGUCUUGGGGCAGACGGGGUGGAUGCCAGUCUUGGGGCAGAUGGGGUGGAUGCCAGUCUUGGGGCAGACAGGGUGGAUGCCAGUCUUGGGGCAAACGGGGUGGAUGGCAGUCUUGGGGCAGACGGGAGAAUUCAGUUCAAUUCAAUUUUAUUUGUAUAGUGCUUUUUACAGAGCACUGUCACAAAGACACUUUACAGAGUAGCAAGGCAAGAGACAGAGCAAACAGAGCAAACAAUGCCAGUCUUGCUUUCUUGGUCAGCAGAAAAUAGGGGGUGUGGCUGUAGACGGUGCAGAGCAAAUCAGUGUCCAGGAGGGAAGGUGAUGAGAAGGUGGGUGGAGUUGCUGCUGGCCUCAGUCUCGCUCUGAUUUCACCAUCGAGCACAAGCCCAUGGCUUCUUGCUUGCUUGCUCUAGCUCGGACAAGCACUUUUACAAUGCCUUUGUUUCCCUGCAUAAAGUUUCCAUAAUGGCACACUUGUGCCAGCUGUGAAGAAGAAUGGCAAAGCGUCAGCAGGCACUGGAUUAUCGGUAGCAGGGAGCCCUGAUUCUAAAGCACACCCACCAGCUAUGGGAGGUGGGAUGGGGCUGUGUAGUCCUCAGCUGAGAUGGUGAUCAGUUUAUUGGCAAUUCUGGUAAUUGGGUGAAGAGGUGUAAAUGCGUGUUGCCUGUGGAGGGGGGGGGGGGCAGUGGAAGGGAAUUGAUCAGUAGUGGGUAGAAUAAGCAAAAUUGCUAUAGUUCUGUACAAAAAUGUAUAACUUAAGGUGGUUGAAGACUUUUUGCUGCACAUCCCAGUUUUUGGUUCAGCGGUUCACUUAAAUCAUUCCUCAAAGCAUGAUUAGAUGGUCAUCAUCAGACUCCAUGGUCAUUUGAAUGGAUUUAAAAGAGAAAGAUGGCAUGUUUAACCAUCUCUAUCUAUACAUCAGACAAAACUACUUGGAGAAAGUUGGAUUGUUGGGGCCACAGUUGAAGACUCUUGCUUCAUUGGCCUUGUUGGAAAUUCAUUUGUAAAAUCUGUGAUGUAUUGUCAUUUGUUUGAUCUUUAAUGUAAGCUUGUGAAUAUGUGGCCCUGGAAGCGGACUGUCGGGAGAACAUGGAGCACCGUGGCAUAUGGAGCGUGCCACUGAGGACUUAAUUUCAAGCAACACUAAAAAACUGCAGCGGGUAGCAUCCGGUUCACUCCUUCACAUUUCCUUUUUCACCUGGGAUGGCCAUUGGGGCCCGAGUAAAGUGACUGAGGCAGAAGCAGACCAUAGACGCAUGGGAGGGCAUGGCUGAACCAGCAGCAUCCAUGCUGAUAAUAUGGCGAAUGUGCAGUACAUAAACAACUGAGCCACAAUCAAGUGUUCUUACUGGAAGCACACCUGGUCAAUGGGUUAUGGGAGUUAUGGCUGUGUUGGCUGGGGAGUAAUUCUGCUGUGUCUGAGGCUAGUUUUAAAAUGUGACUAGGCUCACUGAUGAUAUAAACAAUAAGGCUGUAGGAGAUAUAGUUAAUGGUUCUAGAAAAAGCCCAAAUGAAAUGUAAACUGUCAAAUGUGUGUAGCCAUUUAGCAUUGAAGCUGCUGUAAUGGUGCAAAGGUCACUCUUGUGUAAAUUGAUAUGUUGUAGGUUCUCAUAAAGCAGCCAUUCAUAUACUUUAUUGAGCAGAUACAAUCUGAACCUUUCUGGUAGUAAUUCCUGGUGGACAGCAUAAUUGUAAUAUGUAGUGCAGAACACUGCUGUUUUCCUGAUCGCUGUUCAUCGUGAAGUAAAUUGUGACUUGGUACCAUUCAUUAUUAUGUACCAGUGAAAAUGGUUAAUGUCUGACAAGGUUUAAUAUUGUGUAGAUUUUUGUUAAUUUCCAGUAUUUUCCUGUGCCUUAAGCUAAUGGAAAAAGACAAAAAAAAAACCAAGAUUGAAAUGGCCUGUGUCGGUAUUAAUCACCAAGAUACAGGGCAAAAUAUGUUGCAGAAUGUAUGAAAUUAGGGCAGUUUAAGUUAAAUUUUUAGAAUUGUUUUUAUUUUUAUUUUCUAUAAUUAUUUCCAAAGCAGAACAAAUCGGUGAAAUGUCAAGUUAUUUCAGCUGCUGUACAUAAAACAGGUGUUUUCCCCCUUUUCAAGCCUGCUGUAGGUUGGGUGCUAAUAUAGACUAAACUUCUCUGUACAUUCAUGGCCUUGUGUUGUCCUUUUCUGUAGAUCCACAAUCCUCAUGAAACACACUGUCCACCUAAAUGUAAAAUGUUAUAUUAAAUAUUUAAUAAUUCUUAAAAUGAGAA